AUGGCCAACCCGCCAGCUAAAAAGAAGUUGGUAUUAAACGCUUUCGUGCAUCAGACACCUGCACAUCUUAACCCGGGACUGUUUAAUUAUCCCGGCGAUCAAGGAAGAAAAUACAAGGAUAUCAAGCAUUGGGUGAACUUGGCAAAGAAGCUUGAAGCAGCAAAGUUCCAUUGCAUUUUCUUUGCAGAUGUUCUCGCAGGAUACGAUGUGUACAAAGGUAGUCUUGAUCCAGCCGUAGAAGCUGCAGCGCAAUUCCCUAGCAAUGACCCACUUCUGAGCAUUUCAGCCAUGGCUGCGGCAACAGAAAGCAUCGGGUUCGGCGUCACGUCCUCGACUACCUAUGAACAGCCAUACAUGUUGGCGCGAAGAUUCUCUACACUUGAUCAUUUAACUAAUGGUCGGGUGGCUUGGAAUGUCGUUACGUCUUAUUUGGAAUCUGCGGCGAAGAAUCUAGGGCUGGAAACGCAAGUUGAGCAUGAUGAGAGAUACAGGAUUGCAGAUGAAUACCUCGACGUAACGUAUAAACUAUGGGAAGGGUCAUGGCGCGACGAUGCAGUUCUUCUUCCCGGAGGCCCUGGGUCGCCCUACGCAGACCCAACACGUGUGCGCAAGAUAAAUCACAAAGGCAAAUACUUCAACGUCCCUGGCCCUCAUAUCACAGAGCCAUCUCCUCAACGAACACCAUUCAUCUUCCAGGCUGGAACUUCCAAAGCCGGAAAAGCAUUCGCAGCCAAGCAUGCCGAAGCUAUUUUCCUAGGCGGUCACACUCCUGAGCUCGUGCGGAAAUCCGUAGACGAUAUCCGAAAGCAGGCAACAGAGCAAGGCCGCGAUGGGAGAUCCUUGAAGUUGAUUGCUGCCGUACUAGUGAUUGUCGCAGAAACGGUUGAAGCCGCGCAGGCGAAAUUCCAGGAGCUGGUCAAGUACGGCAAUCGCGAAGGCGCGCUAGCGCUAUUUGGCGGAUUCUCAGGAUACGACUUGAACAAGUAUGACGAUGAGCAGGAUGUUCGUUUCGGCGACGAGCCGGCGGUGCAGACGUUGGUGAACAACUGGGCAUCUACAGUGCCUGGAAGCGAGAAUUUGAAAUGGAACAAGAAGACGAUAGCCGACUAUCUCAUCGUUGGCGGUAUGGGGGUUAAGAUAAUUGGGAGCGUUAAGACUGUCGCUGACGAGUUGGAGCGCUGGGCAGAAGUUGCGGAUGUGGAUGGAUUCAACUUCAAGUUCGCAACCAUGCCAGGCACGUUUGAUGAUAUUGUGGAGCUGCUUGUUCCUGAGUUGAGGAAGAGAGGUAGCUUUUGGGAUGACUAUGAGGUGAAGGGAGGUACAAUUCGAGAGACACUAACAGGGAUUCCCGGAAAUUCACGUCUGUCAGCUGAUCACCCGGGGGCGAAGUAUACCUGGAAAGCCGGCGAGGAGCACUUCAUACAUGUAAAGGAAAAGCAUUCUCUCUCGUCUGCGACGUUCGAAGAUGAUAGGGAUUCAAAAAGACAACGGACGAAUCACGUUUGA